AUGGAGAGUGGUGCGGCGGUGGAAAACGUACGAAACGGGCGAAUUUCAGCAUUUGAACGAACAUCUUCCUCCAGACCACAGCUGGGUAUUGGCACUGAUUUUGACCUGGGAAAGAGCGCUUGGAAUUCUUCAAGUCGGAUUUGGGGCACAAGCAAGUCAUUCUUGGACACUGGAGUAGAUGAUGAACCGAUGACACGUAUGCGGGCUGGGGAAGAUGAGACUUUGGGUCCUCCUGACCAUCUCCUGGCGUCGCCUGUUCGUCAAACUUCGUCCUCAAGUUACGGCCCGAACAGAUUGACACCAAGUUCGUUGCUGACACCGACUGAAUCCAAUAACGGAAAUGCUUUGCCAUCCCAAAUGCCCUGGAACUCCAUCGCCACCAUGACCGGCUUCACGUCGAGGCCAAGAGGUCAACCUCUGUCCCCAAUCAAACACCGACAGAAUCCAGGUCUGGAUUUCAUCGACAACAAUUCCAACAGGGGCUUAGCGGAGUCAAGCUUGUUUGCGGGGAGUGCUCCAGAUGUGGAAGACGAACCCUCAGAUGCACAGCAAACUCAGCAGCAAUGUCGUGCUGCUACGACCGGCUCACGAUUCCUGCACUCUCCAGGCCGGUCCACUAGUUUUAGUCGAAGUGAAGUCAGCCCUCAGAUACAGGCUUUCCACUCGAACAAGGUCAACAACACCAAUGGCAUCUUUGCCUCGAUCCGUGAAUUCGAAAGGGAUCAGGAACCGUCUUCAAAGGAAGCCCGUAUGACAAAUGGGGGCACUUUAAAAUACCCGCUGCACAACAGCUACGCCGCGACCAGACCGACAUUUGGAUAUGCACCCGAUAAUUUGUCCAAAUCCGAUUUCAUCUCACCCACCUGUGGAAAGGGGAGCGGCCGUUCUUUGACUGCGGAGCGCCUGGACCAAUUUCAUUCGAUGCCGAACACAAAUCUGGACGAGGCUGUCCGAUCUUUGCGGGCUCUGAGCUUUGACCAGGCACAAGACGCCGUGGAUACUCUUCCUGCGCGACGGACUUCUCUUCCCCAGCCCCAGUAUCCACGCGAUAUUUACCCUGUACCAGCACAUGCUUCUGCCCAGCGAAGCUUCCCUUUCAAUCCCAUGGAAAGCCCGUUCCAGCCAUCAUCAGCGAAUGUACAAAGCGUUGAGUCUCGUUUGGACCCGCAAGCCGCUCCUCACUACGGUGGGUUGGCUUAUGCCGAACAUGGCGCUCUCUCACCGUCGGCCGGUACCUAUCGAAGCAGUCUUCACAGCCCCCGUUAUUCGGCGACUGGGACACCUCCCACGGGGCCUCAGUCUAUUCGGAGCACCCCUGCAAGUGGUCUCUCUAGUGGUUCUUCACACCAUGACCCAUCGAUGUUGGAUCGCAAGUUUCCCAAUAUGGAACACUAUUCAUUCGAUCACACCCAUUUUGCUCCGAACUCUUUGCAAUCACAAACGAGGAAUGGCGUUCAGUAUGACAUUUCCCCUCCGGCCCAACCGAUGCGAAUGAACCCACUCGCACACCCGUACAUUCUACCCGGCCACCCUGGUUUGAACAAUUUCCCUUCGGCCCCUCGAAUUCCUAUUCGUGAGCCUGAGCAAAGUCAGGUGAUCCGAAGCGCAGUGCUCGAGGACUUUCGCAUGAACAGCAAAACCAACAAGCGAUACGAGCUCAAAGACAUCUACAACUACGUGGUGGAAUUCAGCGGCGACCAACAUGGCUCCCGAUUCAUUCAGCAGAAACUUGAGACGGCCAACAGUGACGAAAAGGAACAGAUUUUCAAGGAAAUCCAACCCAAUGUGCUUCAGCUUAUGACCGAUGUGUUUGGAAAUUACGUGAUUCAGAAGCUAUUUGAACAUGGCAAUCAGUCGCAGAAGAAGAUCCUGGCCAACCAAAUGAAGGGCCACGUCCUGCAUUUGUCGAUGCAAAUGUACGGCUGCCGGGUGGUGCAAAAGGCAUUUGAACAUGUCUUGACCGAUCAACAAGCGAGUUUGGUCAAGGAGUUGGAUGGGCCCAAUUUGCAAAUCCUGAAAGUGGUCAAAGAUCAAAACGGCAAUCAUGUCGUGCAAAAGGCCAUUGAACGCAUUCCCGGAGAACAUAUUCAGUUCAUUGUCGACGCGCACCGCGGCCAAAUGGCGAAGAUGUCGACGCAUCAAUAUGGGUGUCGAGUGGUUCAACGUAUGCUUGAACAUUGUCAACCCAAGGCCAAGCGAAUCAUCUUGGACGAGCUUCUGGAACAUAUCCUCCCCCUGGUGAGUGAUUCAUAUGGCAACUAUGUGGUGCAACAUAUCAUCCAGAACGGUGAGCCGCACGAUCGACGACACGUUGUCAACAUUGUGCUUCAACAACUUCUGACAUUUUCCAAACACAAAUAUGCCAGCAACAUUGUGGAGAAGAGCAUCGACUGUGCCGAUGACGACCAGCGGACGGCAAUUCUCCGUGGAUUGACCGCACCGAAUGAACAUGGCGUUACCCCAGUACUGGGACUCAUGAGAGAUCAAUAUGGGAACUAUGUCUUGCAAAAGGUAUAUUCUCAGCUGCAAGGUGCCGAGUUGCUGGCCCUGGCGGCCGACAUGAAGCACAACUAUCCCGUUCUGCGACGGACCAGCUAUGGUAAGCAAGUAGUUGCUAUGGAAAAAUUGCUUUUUGGGGGCAAUGGUCCCCCGACCACAUCCACUAGUAGCCGCAGCUCGAAUUUACCAAGUACCAACGCCAGCAGCACGGUCGACGGCGAUGGAACUCCUGCGCCGAAGCCAGAGGUCAAAUAG